AUGGCGAGAAUCAACAACGAAGACGUCGAGUCCUCUGAGAAGGCUGCGCUCCUACCCACACAGCCAGAGACUGGACGUACAUAUCCAGAGAAACAUGCCAUUAAUCGUCGGCGCUGGUUCCCUGGCGCGCUCAUCGCAUUCGUUAUUUUCGUAUGGUGGUCUUCCAGCGCUAUUCCGAGCCUGGUAGGGCUCGGGCGACACGAGAUCUAUGAGGAUAUGAGACAGCUAGACUUUGAAGAUGUUUGA